AUGGAGAAUAAUAAUUCUGAUGUUGGAAACAUGAUCAUGCGCAUGUUUUUCGUUGUUGAAUGGAUACUAGAAAACCAGUUCAGCGUUAUACCAUUUCGCAACAUCGUUUCUCCCAUGAAAAACAGGUACGAGGAGAACAAUGAGGUGCAAGCGAGGUGGGGUAGAGGCAAAUCUGUCUACCCAGCCAGGAUCGUAAAAACCUCAGAUAACAAUUCCAUGUACGAGACACUAAAAGAAGUCACAGUGCCCGUCAAGAUAAUUACAAAGCCAAAGGGAAAAACUGGUGUGAAGGAGAAGUCAAGUAAAAAGCAAAAGGAAGACCUUGAAAAGGCAGCAAGCAAUUUGGAGUUGUUGGAAUUUGCUUUGGAGAAAUCAUCCUUUGGGUUAAAAACUCCACAAAAAUCUGUAGAAGUAACUCCAACCAGCCCCAGUGUUUUAUGUACCCCAGCCCCAACAACCCCAAGGUGCCAACAGGAAACCCCUACCAGUCUGAGGAGGAGCCCAAAGAUUGCAAGAGGCACACUCCAUCGCUUGUCAUUACCAUAUGAUAGACCAUCUACAAGCUGGGAUACUAACACAAGUUCAGUUCUCAAAUCGGCAUUUAGGACAUUAAACCAGAGAGAUUUUGAAAUGGAGGAUACUCCGAACAGGCAUAUGCAUUCUGAUCACCACAUGAACGUUCAGCAGAGGGUGGCGGCAUUAGAGAGCUGGUUGUUUACCUUACAGCAGGAGGUCAAUCAGCAACGCUUUUAUAUCAACUGGUUAUACAAUGAACAGCAAAAUCAAAACUUCACCCAGAACUCUGCCAAGGAGCCAAUGGGGACACCAGGAAAUCACCAGGACCAAAGCUUCAGCCACAACACCUGUUCUACCAAUGAACCAAUUAGGGCACCAGAUGACCACCAGCAUGGUGAAUCCCUGGAGACAGCUGAACAUUCAUUCACAAAGGAUCAGCUUAGAAACCUGAUAAGCCAGGAGACUAAUAUCUCCAAGGGAGCAAAGCUUCUAUUUAAGAAGCUGUAUUCCCGCGAGGAAAUUGCCGGCCGUUCAUUGACUGGACAGAAAGCCAAUCAGCUGAAAGCACCCAAGCCUGCAAUUGAAAACCAGGCAAAGCUGGCACUAUUGUAUGAGAUUGUGAUGGAAAAGUGGCCAUUUACAACGAAGCCUAUGAUAAAUGAGAAGCUCAGGCUGACUUGCUCAAACUCAGUGCAACCAGGCAUUGAUUUACUGGAUUUACCUGAGAGCCUCAAUUAUAACAUUGACCGGGACUAGGCAGAUGGAUAAAAAAUACAAUCUAAAAUACAUUUGAU